AUGGAGCAACAGGGUCCAUCUUCUAGACCAGCGCCACCACCUGUACCUCCCCGUCAGUAUUAUGAUUCUCAGCAGAUGUCGAUGCCAAACAACGGCAUGUACGGCGGUGGCGGAUUUGGUGCCCCGAUGAGCUACGGCGUCGGAUAUGGCGGUUACGGAGGUGGAUACGGUGGAAUGGGAGGAGGGAUGUACGGAAACCACUACAACAACGGCAUGAUGGGCGGCUACGGCCAUACCGAAGGGAAUUUUUCACGUUUAGCGGAAGAAUCAUCUCGCGGCGCUUUCCAGUCGAUAGAAGCCGUGGUGAAUGCCGUGACAUCCGUGUCAAAUAUGCUCUCCUCGACUCACAAUGCCGUUUACAGUUCCUUUAGAGCCGUAAUCGGGGUCGUCGAUCAAUUCUCGCGUCUCAAGGGCCAAUUCACCGGGCUGAUGGCCUCGCUGGCGCUGUUUCGCUUUGUGCAAAAGUUGUGGAGGUGGCUGCUCGUUGCUUUGAGGCUGAAACCGGCAAAUUAUGCUAGCGACCAGGAGUUGGCCUGGACGACGGCGCAGGCUCCACUUGGCGCCGAUCUGUUAGUCGGCGGCAGCCCUGGAACCCCGGUCAAUUGGCCAGCCCUCUUUUUCUGGGUUGUCGCCCUCGGUUUCCCGUAUUUGAUCUACAAGUGCGUGACGAGGAUGGUGGAAAAUGUGGAGAAGCAGCGCGUCUGGGCCACUGGGCCGGCCAAUCAUUACAAUGCUGAGGCGCUCUUCGAUUUCGAGGCGCAAAACGCUCAGGAGCUUUCGGUGAUGGCCGGCGAAAGGCUGAGGAUAGCCCCGAAGGAGCAGCAGCCGAAAGUUCGCGGCUGGCUUUUGGCGAGCACCAGUGAUGGCCAAAAAAUUGGUCUGGUCCCAAUCAACUACGUUAAAAUCGUCGGAAAACAGAGCAGUUCCCCACCGCCGGCCGACGCUUUCGAGAAGUCAUUUAGACCCCCUUUGAAAUCUAUGCUCGAGGGCCAGCCAAAAGAA